AUGUCCAUGUGUCAUUGGGCAUUGGCACUCGUGAUCGUGAUUCCACUCAUGUUUACCGUGCAUCGAGAAGUAUCACUCGUCAAGCAUACUGUAUACGCUUAUAUCACUGCAAACCGAGUUGUGACUAGCGAGUUCGACGACUCGCUACUUCCACUCCACCUUACCCAUGUUCCCAUCUCGCAGUUCAGUACUCUUGACGGUGCACUUCGUGGCCUCGUUGUUUCAACCAUGCUUGCGCGCCACUCGAACCUCAAUCAACCCAACCUACUACAAGACAUUCUGACGCAUUUUACAGCCAUGAGCCGGCCUCGCAAAGGGUUCUGCGUUUGGUUCAAACUAACUCAUCUUUUGCUUGUCCAUAUUACCUCCCCAUCCCUACAACAAGACCCCAUUUUACAGCCACGAGCAGGCUUCGCGUUUUGGCGUAAACUUGAAAAUAUAUUCAUUGCUACACGCUAG